CUGGUGUGAUCAGUGAGCUGCUGAAGUCCGGAGCGAAAGCACGCAGUGGGACAUGUCCUCUGAACACUCGGAGUCUACGAAGCGAUCUCUGGUCUUUUACGCAUCGACAGAAAGGACGCCGUUGUGACAUUUUGUGCACUUUUUUUUUUUUUUUUUUUAAAUUUAUGGAUAUGAAAUUGGAGUACAGUCGGAGCUGAAGAUGCUUCAGACCAAGUAGCACACCGAUACUGAGAGGCUUCUCCGUCCUUCGGGACAUUUAAGGACGCCCAGCUGUGUUUUGUGUCUGCUUGGAUUACAUUUACGCAUCUCAGAGUAACGCACAUCUCAGAGCGCUGCGCCUUUUCUCCAAUGAAAUAUCUCCCUCCAGUAUCAGCUGCGGAUCGAGUCAGUCAGCGGAUCGAGCUCAGUGAGACCACCGACUCCAAAAACUCUCGUCCCGGUGCCGUGGUCUCUUUGUUGACCCCUCUGGACCCACUUCGGCAGGCAAAGCGGAUCCCUAUCCGAGUCAUCAAGAUGUUGACGGCGCACACCGGACACUUGCUACACCCGGAAUAUUUACAGCCUCUGACGUCCGCACCAGUCAGCAUCGAGCUGGAUGCCAAGAAGAGUCCCCUGGCCCUGCUGGCUCAGACCUGCUCUCAGAUCGGUAAACCAGACCCUCCGUCCUCCUCCAAGCUGAGCUCCUCCUGCAGCCAGGGGGACAAGGAGCCCAGCAGCCGCUCGUCCGUCUCCAGUCUGAAGCUGGGGGAGCACCGCCCCUCCCUGGAGGACAAAUCCAGCUUCAAGCCCUACAACAAGGGCAGCGGAGACUGUCGCAGAGACACGGUCACCAGCAGCAGCAGCUCCAGCGGCGAUAAAGCCGGGUUCAGGGUGCCCAGCAGCAGCAGCAGCGUUACCACUAAUGGAAGUCUGAGCAGCAGCAGUGGGCAGCAGAGCUACCCGCCUCACGCUGCUUCACCCAGCUCCAGAGGCAGCAGCAGCAGCACCCCACCUGGACAGCAGCAGCAUCACAAACAGAGUCAGUCUCCUGGUGGACAACAUGCCUCACACUCCCAGACUGCCAACGGCGAUGCUGCCCAUGAGCAGGGAAGUCCUACAAGCACGAGCAAUAAUAAUAAUAAUAGUAACCCCAAAAAGGACAUUGAUGUAAACAAGGCCGGCUCGGACAGUCCGCAGCACGCCAACUCCAGCCACGUCCGAGCCAGCACAAACUGCAGCAACGGUAGCUCUGACGGCGGUUCCAACCAUGACGGAGGUAAAGCAGAGCCCUCCCAGCCGAACCUCGGCCCUGGACAUAUUACACCCAUUUCUCCUUAUAAGUCGAGCCAGCCGCUCUUCCCCCUGCCCUCCUCCAACAUGGGCUACCACGGAUCUGUAGUGGGGGGAUACGCAGGCUACCCAUCCCAGUUUGUUCCUGGGCUGGACCCUACCAAGUCAAGCCUCAGUGUGGGAAGCAUGGGAGUACCAGGGAAGCACCCGAGCUCUAGCCCUCUAACAGGUGCCUCCCCCCCUUCCUUCAUGCAGGGUUUAUGCAGGGACCCCUACUGCCUGAGCUACCCCAGUGUCUCCCAUCUUGGUGGGAGCAACUGCAACUCCUGCAUCCACGACCCAUCCUCCAGCCUCAAAUCCAGCUUCCCUCUGGUGUAUCCCUCACACCCGCUCCACUCCCUCCACCAAAACUCCCUGUCGUCCAGCGUGUCCUCCUCCCUGUCUCACCCCCUCUACACGUACGGCUUCAUGCUCCCCAACGACCCCCUGCCUCACGCCUGUAACUGGGUCUCAGCCGGAGGGCCGUGCGACAAGCGUUUCGCCACGUCAGAUGAACUCCUGGCUCACCUCCGCACACACACAGCUCUGCCUGUGGGGAUGGACAGUAAGCUGCUCUCGGUCUCCUCGUCUGGACCCGCCUCCUGCCACCUUCACCUCCCUCACCAGAGCAGUCCAGGCUCCAUGCCCAGCUCCCUCUCUCUCAGGGCUCCCCCCAGCCUGGGCUUAGCUCGCUAUCACCCCUACAGCAAGGUCCAUCUGCCCCCUGGACCCUCCUCCAUCUCUCUGCACUCUCUGCCCACCACAGGCCCUUACUACCCCCAUUACGCCCUCUACAGUCAGAGACUUGGAUCUGCGUCGGCGCUUGGAUAUCAGUAACACACCAUAGACUUAAAUGUUUAUCAGAAUGGUGCAACAUCUUUUUUGGAAAUAUGCCUAUUUGCUUUCUGGCCGAGAGUUGGAUGAGAAGACUGAUGGCACUCUCAUAUCUGUCUACAGCCAGCAGCCAGUUAGCUUAGCUUAGCAUAGAAAGGGGACAAAAUAGGAAACAGCAAAAUCCACCCAUCAGCACCCUUAAAGCUCAAGACAUUUAUUAAAUGAGCAAGAAUCGAAGAAUGAAAACAUCAUGACUCAAGACUCCAGGCGAGAAAUAGUCAAACACAUGGCUUCUCAUAAAACGUGAAAUUGUUGGUUUUAUGCCUCAGUUUUCAGACUUUUUGAUCCUUUGAAUUCCAAGUACACAUUCCACAUCUUUUCACUGCAACAUAAAACCCCGCUCCUCUAUGGAAAUAGCAAAAUGGCUCAAAGUAGAGUGAAACUAAAAAUGUCUUUUGUGCAGAGUAACAAAUUAAUAAUGCUGUAUAUCCUAAAAAGUUUUUUUUUCAAAGAGUUUCUUUUAUUAUUGUUAAAAAAAGAAAAAUACUUGGAAAUACAGUACUAAUGCCAGACAAAAAUAGGAGUUCCGCAUACCAUAGAUAUUUUACAACUUAUAUUUUUAAGUCGUUUCUUCAUUGUCUUUCAUCUACUCUGUGUAAACACAGCCUGCAGUUCAGCCGAGAAGCCCCUGAAUUUUCUUCAGGUGCCUGUUAGUCACAACUGUGUUGUUAAUUCACGAAUGCACAAAGGUGCUUCGAGUUAUUUCUGUUUUUACAGAAUCUAAUUAGUGCAAAUGUUUUAUAUUUGACAAUUUUUAAAAGAACCGUGUAAAAUAAAGUGGUUCUGAUGAAAUAUUGCAAUUUUAAGCCUAGAUUCUGACUUUUCUGAUGGAAUGACAUAUCACAUGAUUACUUCACAGACCAUUGGAUAGAUGAAAAUGUUUCUGCUUCAAUAAGAGGUGUUGGUUUGGCAAUGAAAAAAACAACAUGCCUUUUUACCUCACUGGAGGGUUUUGGGGUUCAGAAGUUCAAACAAACAGUAUAUGAUGUGUUAAAGGUGCAGGUCUGUCACCUUUGGACUGAGCCAGGCUGACUGUUUCCUCCUGUUUCCAUAGUUUAUGCUAAGCUAAGCUAACUAGCUGCUGGCUAUAGUGUUGUAUUUAGCACUCAGACACCACAGUAGUACCAGUCCUCUCAGACAGAAAGCCAAUAGGCACAUUCACAAACCUGUUGUGCUAUUACUUUAAGUUAGUACUUAAUUGCGGCAAGUUGCUGCAUCCUCUUACUUCACACCGGAUUUGUGGAACGAGGAGGGGCGCACCAGUGCUGGAUUUUGACUUGAGAGCCUCUUCACACUCUGUUUAUACUCUAUAUAUGAGAUGUGGUGUUUCUAAUCAGGCCCCACUCCUAAAGAUCAGAGGACACAUGGCUCUUGCACAUCUGCACAUUGCUCGGAUGCUUCUGCAACAGACGUGACGGCCCUGAGGUGACUUUUGCCGCCCUGUGGGCUUCGUCAAAUUCAUGGUUGGACGCUGCAUAAAAUGCUCUUGGAUGUUCAGGGUUCUUGCUGCAAAUGAUGAUGAUUUAGUGCAGAAAAAUGUGGCAUGUCCGGGAUGGCAGUCAGCGGCAGCCUUGGGCGGAUGUAAGCCUGCUCCCUGCAAGAAAUGCAUGUAAGCUCUAGACAGCGAACACACUUAACAGCCCAACAGUUUGUGAUGAUUUGUUUUGGUUCCUUGUGUUUGGUUUAUUCCUACUGAGAAGCUGUAUUUAUUUUAUAAGGGGAAUCUGAUUUUAAUGUUUACCAUAGAAAUCUGUUCUCAUUUUACGGUCCUCUGAGCAAACAUGUGGGAAGCCAGAUGACAGGCGUUGAAUAUGUCGUGUCUUACUCCUUCUAGAAUGAAUGUUGAAAUCACAUCUCACUCCGAACUCCUCAGCUUUUUGAUUGUUUUUAUUUUCACAGCAAAUCAAUAAAACUGAGAUGUGAUAUUUUUUGUAAAAUUGGAGCACCCUGUGGGGGUAUCCAGUGAAAGGAGGAGGUCAUAUUUUGGUAAAUAAAUCACAUUGAAGAUGUA